AUGACAAACGAGAAAAUUAACACGUACUCUGAUCUAGUCCAAGGUCUUAAGGCUGUGGAUAUCCUCAGGGAAUUUCCGGAGGUGAUACCAAUGGAAGAAACUUCCGGGGCACCAUCGUCUUCUGGCUCAAACGACGCGAACGACGAGUCCAUUUUCAAAGGCUAUGAUGAAGAGCAAAUUAGGUUGAUGGAGGAAAAUUGUAUUGUUCUGGAUUAUGACGAUAUCCCCGUGGGUGCUGCCACCAAAAAAGUUUGCCACAUCAUGGACAAUAUUGACCGUGGUCUUUUGCACCGUGCCUUUUCUGUUUUCUUAUUUGAUUCUCAGGACCGUCUUCUGUUGCAGCAGAGGGCCGAUGAGAAAAUCACUUUUCCAUCGAUGUGGACCAAUACGUGCUGCUCGCAUCCUUUGUGUGUUCCGGGAGAGCUCGGCUCCGAUUUGGACGCUGCUGUUAGAGGAGCUCAAUCUGCGGCGCAGCGCAAGUUGGAACAGGAACUGGGGAUUGCGGCCCGGUUUGUCCCCGUUGACGGCUUCAAGUUCCUAACGCGUAUUCAUUACAUGGCUCCCAGCAACGGAAUUUGGGGAGAGCAUGAGAUUGAUUACAUUCUCAUUACGAGAGCAGAUCCUGUGGUGACGCCUAACCCCAACGAGGUAAAGGACAUCAAGUAUGUGACUGCUGCUGAGCUGAAAGCGAUGUUUGAAGAUUCUUCGUUGACGUUUACGCCGUGGUUCAAGUUGAUUUGCGAGUCGUAUUUGUUCAAGUGGUGGGCAAAUCUUGGAAAGUUGGAUCAGUUUAGGAGUAAUGGGAUUGAGAGGAUGUUGUGA